GUCGUCCCCGCUUUAAAGACACUCUUCUUAAGGAAACUCCCCGCUAUAAAGACACAUUAUUUCCCCAGAACAUGGUGCCCCGCAGAUGUACAAUAAUAUAGGGGGGUAGCGUUUCCACUAUGCGGCCCCCCAAAAAAAAUUUGCUGGGGCAGCAAAUCUGUAAGGCAUUGUAACAUCGACAGCGGUCUGCUGCAGCCCGCACUACUGCGUGUGGGUAUGGAGAGAUUCCUCCCAUCUGCUGGCGAGUCGUCAGCUGCCGGCUUGAGGCCAUGUGGCGAACCCACGUGCCAGCAAAAGUCUCAACUCGUGUCAGCGGUUCACCAGUGCCCGUGCGGGCGAUCCAUGCACGCGUUUUGUGGUCGGGGCAUCGGAGAGGAAGGCUACGGACAGCAGAGAGAGUGCUCGGAUUGCCAGAAGAGCAAAGGUGGAGACCAGGCUGGCAGCAGCAGCAGUCCCAUGGAAGUGGAUGCCGAAGAAAAUGAGCAGGACAGCCGCAGGGGCUGCCGGGGCCUGAGCGACGCAGGCCAGGCAACAAUGCUGGAUGUGACGGAGAUCCUUUCGCAGAAGUGGGAGAGCUUCUCGGACCAGACUGUUGUCAGGUGCUGGCUCAAGGCCACCAUUCUUCCUAGGGAGCACGAGAACGCGCUCAAGGGCAGAGACACGCGGCUGGACCGAGAAGACAAGGAAGCGGCCGCCUUGGACGACCUUUGCGAUAUGGUCAAGAAGAUGUCCUUGCCGGAGAGUGCCAAGGACUUGGACGCUAGGUCCAUGCCGCGAGUGUUGUCGGACAACUUGUUCGUCGAGAGCACCUCCGGCCUCACUGAACAAGAAGUGCGGAGCGCAGUGAGCACGUGGCUUAGUGUAGAGGACGAUGAAGAGGUCUUGAGGGAAGAGGUAGAACUCGAGAUGGAAGAGGUAACGGAGAACAUGUCAAGAGUACACGUCGAAGACGACGUGUCCAGUGAAGAGGAAGACCAGGACGGUAGGCAAGAGUCGUGCAUGACAUCUACGAUUUCAGAGGCCGAGGUUCGCUCUCGUCUCGAGGAUGUCCGCUCCUAUUUGUACGCGAACGGAAGAGACGGCGAGUACAGCGAAACGGUGUACCUUCUUUCGAAGACUGUGCAUUCGUUCACUCAUGAAACUCAAGUCAAGCGAAGAACGAAGGAGGGGGGUGAGGUGCAGGCGACUCUUCGGGAUGUGUGGGCGACGUAGUUUUUGGUGUUUGAGGACAACACACUUGGCAGCCCACAUUCAUUGUUUGGGAUUUUUUUGCCUUUCUCGUGGAGUUAAAUUUUGGCAUUUUUUGUUUUGUGUUUUUGCCUCGUGUUGACCUUUGGGGAAGAGCGGUGUUCUCUUUUCGGUGGGUUUGCCCGAUUUUUUGUAUGUUGUGGUCUGCGCUACCGACCGUUUUCUAGUGUCCCUCAGAUCCCUCUGAGGGGUCGACUGGGUUUGUUUGGUCCCUAUGUGGCAGGUAACUUGCGUGUAUCGUAU